GACUCUUGAUUACAGAAGCGCCGAGACUGAAAGUUCAGUUCCUCUGGUUCUCCUCCGUUCAGGGAGGAUCUUCAGCUCCUGGAUCUCAGUGACGUGUGAUCAUGAACAGUUCUGAACGUUUCUUCACUCUGGAGCUUCAAACUUCUCUGAGCUGAUGUGAUCGGUGCGUCACCUCCAGCUGUAGAGUCUGAACUCAUCACCAGGAGUGUGUGUGUGUGUGUGUGUGUGUGUUCGUGUUCUGAUGGAUUUGCGUGUUGGUGAACGUGUGAUGCACCCGGGUUCAGACACGCUGCUGUCGCCCCUACUGCUCACACACACGUUCAACCCCCAGCAGCACCGUUCCCAGUACAACCAGCACCAGCUCCAGCACAUCCGGAUGAACAUGCAGCAACAUCUCAGAGAUCAAGAACAAACCCAACAGCAGCUCCAGCAGAUCCGGGACAAAGACAAGAGCCAGCAGAGUGCCGUCGCCAGUUCGGUGGUGAAGCGGAAGUUGGCAGCAGUUAUUCGGAAUAAGCAGAAGAAGCAGGCGGCGCUGGAGAGGAGCAGCUCGAACCCUCUGAGCAGCACACCUGUAGCAUACAGGGAGUUAGCUCCAGAUCCAAAUGUUAGCAUACAGCCGCUGCUCUCGUCCCCUCAACAACAAACACUCAGUGAUGGAGCCGAAAAUCUUCCACUAAGAAGAUCAACCUCUGAGCCAAACCUAAAGAUGAAGUUGAAAAAGCACUUACACACUCGGAAGAGUCCACUAUCACGUAAACAGAGCGCACCCCCGACUGUCAAACCACGAGGACCUGAUACACACGACUCAUCUGCCAGCAGCAGCAGCACUCCUGUAUCCGGCUGCAGUUCUCCUAAUGACACCCUGUCGAUCGAGAACGGAGUUCUGCCCCCUACUGGUAACCUGGCGCACGAGGCUCAGAGAGUUUUACUCCCAGAUGGAUCUGUAGCUCAUUUUUCUGUAUUGACUCACUCCACCCUCCCCACCAUCACCCUCGGCCUCCCCGCUCAUGCCAAGGUGGAGGGAGAUCUGAAAGCUGUUAAAAUGGGUCGGGUUCCUCUGGUACAAUCCGGUUCUUCAGUUUUGGUUCCUCUGAAUGUGGAGGAGCAGAACCUGGUCCAGCCUGUUCUGAUCCUGGAACCAUCAGGUCUGUUACACACUCCACUGCUCACAGUUCCAGGUCUGGCUCCAGUUACUGUACCGAUUGGUGCUUCUCAUAAACCUCUGAGCCGUACACGAUCAGAACCUCUUCCUCCCAAUUCCAGAACUCUGCAUACACACCUACUGCACCAACAACACAGUAUACAACUACUGGAGAGACUCAAACAACAAACACACCUGGGAAAGCUCAUGUCGAAGUCGAGUGAGAAGCCGCGUCUCCAUCAGAUUCCCUCUGAGGACAUGGACUCAGACGAGGUGGGACCAUCGUUAUCCAACGACAAUCACCAGAACAGGGCGGAGUCUCACAGAGAGGCGGAGACUCAGGAUGAUCACCUUAGCCUUCAGCAGACACUCAUACUCAACCAGUCUCGUCUAUAUGAAACUCAGAAACAGCUGCAUCAACUGCGCAGACACACGGCUCAGAUGGCAUUACCCAUGAUGCUUGGCGUCCACCGGCCGCUGUCACGUGCACAGUCGUCACCGGCUUCCACCUCACACACACAGCCUGAAAAAUCACUCACCACGGCAACCGAGCCCAACCUCGGCCAAUCACGCUUCACUACAGGACUGAUGUAUGACUCUCAGAUGCUGAAGCACCAGUGUACAUGUGGAGAUAACAGCUCUCACCCUGAGCAUGCUGGGAGAAUUCAGAGCAUUUGGUCUCGCCUGCAGGAGCGUGGCCUCCGAGCGCAGUGUGAGAGUAUUCGUGGACGUAAGGCGACGUUGGAGGAGUUACAGUCGGUUCACACAGAGCGUCACGUUCUGCUGUACGGCACAAACCCCCUCAACCGGCUGAAACUAGACAACCGCAACCUAGCUGGGAUUCUCUCUCAGAGGAUGUUUGUUAUGUUGCCGUGUGGAGGCGUCGGGGUAGAUAACGAUACGAUUUGGAAUGAGAUGCACACGUCCACGGCAGCACGGAUGGCAGCAGGAAGUGUAACGGAACUUUCCUUCAGAGUGGCGAAAGGAGAACUGAAGAACGGUUUUGCUGUCGUCCGACCACCUGGACAUCAUGCAGAUCCUUCAAACCCGAUGGGUUUUUGUUAUUUUAACUCUGUAGCCGUUGCUGCUAAACAGCUCCAGCAGAGACUGAACCUCAGUAAAAUCCUCAUCGUUGAUUGGGAUGUUCAUCAUGGAAAUGGCACUCAGGAGAUCUUCUACUCCGACCCCAGCGUACUGUACAUCUCUCUACAUCGAUACGAUAAUGGAAACUUUUUUCCGGGCAGUGGAGGAGCAGCUGAGGUGGGUUCUGCUGCAGGUGAAGGCUUUAACGUGAACGUUGCAUUCACCGGUGGACUUGACCCCCCGAUGGGUGAUGCUGAAUACCUCGCUGCAUUCAGGACAGUGGUGAUGCCCAUUGCUCAGGAGUUCCUCCCAGACAUUGUGCUGGUCUCGGCUGGGUUCGAUGCUGCAGAAGGACAUCCAGCUCCAUUAGGAGGAUAUAAAGUCAGCGCUAAGUGUUUUGGGUUCCUGACCGGGCAGUUGAUGAAGUUAGCAGGAGGGCGUGUGGUGUUGGUGCUGGAGGGGGGUCAUGAUCUCACGUCUAUCUGUGAUGCAUCAGAGUCCUGCAUCAGUGCUCUGCUGGGUCUGGAGGAUCAGUUACCUGAUGACGUGCUGAAACAGAAACCGAACUGUAAUGCAGUGCAGUCGCUACAGAAAGUCCUGCACAUACAGAGUCAGUACUGGGAGUGUUUGAAGCCGAUGAUGGCUACAGUAGGCAGGUCGUACUUUGGUGGCCAGAAUGGAGAUUAUGAGGAAACUGACACAGUAAAAGCUCUCGCCUCGCUCUCUGUCGGAGUUCUGUCCAACAGCAGAGGUGAUGAUGAGCCAAUGGAGGAGCACGACUCUGUUUAAUCUCUCCCUCUCUUCCUUAUGAACAACUGUCCAAUCACGAAGCAGUUGUACAUCACAUGACUACAAGUGAGUUUUGAUUCUCUCACUGCCUUAAGACCAGCAGUGCCUCUGAUGACAGGAACUGUGGUGAUGUCACUUCCUGUAUACCUCUAUGCUACAUAUCCUGUGUGUUUAGCGGUGUGGCUAAGGUAACGGCCUCCGCCAGGCCCUGUGGAUCCUGAACUUUUUCUCAAUGCACUUCCUGUCAGGUGAAGGACCAGGAUGAACUUGAAGCUGAACCUGUCUCACUCCAGUUUUGUUGAAGACCAGAUUUGAAGCAAAGAUAAAAAACCUCAUUUUAUUGUGUUUGUAUGAACAGUUACUGUGAGGUGAGAUCAUCUUGAUGAUGUCACUUCCUUCAGUGUUAACCACUAAAGAAGUAGCAGGAGAGGACUGGGAGCUGUGGUUUAUUUUCUGCUUUUAUUGCACUGUGCUUUCUGUAAUGUGAACCUGAUUUUAUCCAAUCCUAGAGGAUGAGCGUCCUGAUGUUAAAAUGAAGUUUACUUAAAAGUCUGCACUUCAUCAAGAGGAAACAAGAAAACCCAACACACAAACACACUGAGUUCAUAAACAACCUCAGGACUCACACACUCACUGUGGAUUAGCUUCAUAAUGAGGUUGAUUAAAUCUCACGCGUGGUUUUUAUACUCAGGCUGAAGAUUCAGGUUCAUCGCUGAUUUCAUUUUGGGUUCUUUUGGUCGAGGCGUCACGAUUGCAGGAUUUUGUUCCCUAUAAUCACACCCAAAUCUAACAUAAAGAUUAAGAUUUAUAUUGGAGCUUAGCACUGUUAUCCAUUAGAAUCCAUACAGCAGCACUGAAACCUCUGAGAGAACUGAAGCGAAUGAUAAGCCUAUCUCUCUUAUAAAGAUUUAGCUUGUUUUAAAAGUCUGAGGAUGUAACUGCACAGAGCCUAAUUCAGCCAGUGUUUUAAUCAUUUAUGGCUGCACUUAUUUUAUAUAAAAUUUAAAAGAUUUGGAACCACAGAAUUUCUUCCAGCAAUCAAAAUUAAAAUCAACAAUUUACCUGCAAUUAAAUGUUUAUUCUAUAUAUCAACAACUAAA